AACAUUGAUCAACCACUUCUAGUUUUUAGCUUUCUCUUAUAGUUUUCAAAAUGGUAACAACAACAAGUACCAAUUGUGAUGAAUUCGCUACUCAAACAACACCAAAGGCGAAAAACGACAGACAAAGCGAGCUCAAAGCUUUUGACGACACAAAAGCCGGUGUUAAAGGCCUUGUUGAUUCUGGAAUCGCUAAAAUUCCAACUUUUUUCUAUCAUCCACCUGAUCAAUCAUCAUCAGUUUCUGAAGACACCCAAGUGAGUAUUCCAGUUAUAGAUCUUAAAGGGAUUAUUAAUGGCGAGCGAACAAGAAAAGAUGUCAUUAAGAAAAUUAAAGAAGCUUCGGAAUUAUGGGGCUUCUUUCAAAUCAUAAACCAUGGAAUCCCAAUUAGGGUUUUGGAGAAAAUGAAAGACGAUGUUCGUUGUUUUUACGAGCAAGAGGAUGGGAUUAAGAAGGAGUAUUAUACAAGAGAUGUUUCGGAACCAUUUGUUUAUAAUAGCAACUUUGAUUUGUAUAUUACUCCUUGUGUGAAUUGGAGGGAUACAUUUGCUUGUUUUAUGGCUCCUCAUCCUCCAAAUCCUCAAGAUUUGCCUCUAGUAUGCAGGGACAUUCUUCUUGAGUACUCAAACCAAAUAAUGAAACUUGGGAUUGUGUUGUUCGAGUUGUUAUCCGAAGCAUUAGGGCUUGAUCCAAAUUACUUGAGCAACAUAGGUUGCGCCGAAGGUCUAUCCAUUUUAGGUCAUUACUAUCCACCAUGUCCGCAACCAGAACUAACUUUGGGAACAACCAAACACUCCGACAAUGACUUCAUUACAUUGCUUCUCCAAGACGACCUUAAUGGAGGUCUCCAAGUUCUAAAAGAUAACAAAUGGUUUGACGUACCGCCUGUUCCCGGGGCUCUAGUGAUCAAUAUUGGUGAUAUUUUUCAGCUUAUAACAAAUGACAAAUUCAAAAGCAUUGAGCAUAGAGUAUUAGCAAGUAAAAAAGGUCCAAGAAUAUCAGUGGCAAGUUUUUUCAGUACUAAUAUAUUGCCAACUUCAAAGGUGUUUGGACCCAUCAAAGAAUUAUUAUCAGAAAAUAAUCCUCCAAAGUAUAAAGAAAUCACUUUGAGGGACUACAAUAUCUUUUUCUACAAUAAAGGCCUUGAUGGUACAAAGGCUUUGGAUCAUUUUAAGCUUUGAACUAUAGAACUUCAUUAAUUACUUAUUUAAUUAUACCUAUAUGUUAUAAUCAUAUAUAUAUAUAUAUACAUGAAUAUGGAUGUUAAUUUGUAUUUUGUAAUUGAGUUGAUGUGCUAUAUAGAUAUAAUAAUAAACUUAAAUAAGCCAUGAAAAAUUAUAUGCGUAUUAUA